AUGGCUUUUAGAUUUGGUAUUCCGAAUAUUGCAUUUCGUAAAAGAAUGUCAUGGUUUGAUUUUACUCUUGCUUGUAUAAUAGGUGUUAUAGGUGGUAUUUAUACAUUUAAACCAGCUCUUAAAGAUGCAAAAGGUGCUAUUGAAAGACGAGAAGCAUUAAAAGAAAUUCAAGCUAGAAGACAAGCUGAAGUUGAAAAAGGAAAUCAUUCACCACCUAUUAUUAAUCAACGACAACCAGAAAAUGCACGUGAACAAUUUCUUCGUGAACAAAAACCUGGUCAAACAGCAUGGUUAACAACAUUUAAACGUCUAUUAAAAGUACCAAAUACUCGUUAUGCUUUUUUAUGGUUGACAGCUGGAACACUUUUUUGUUUAUGUAUUAAACCAGGUUUACGACGACGUGAUGAAGAAUUAAUGAUUAAAGAUGUUAAAAAUUAUUUAGAAAAUAAAAAAGAUUUACCAUAA